AUGGGUGAUAUCACGCACGCUACCAUUAAGGAUGGCUGGUUCCGUGAGAUCUCGGAAAUGUGGCCCGGCCAGGCCAUGACCCUCCGAGUCAAGAAGGUCCUGCACCAUGAGAAGAGCCAGUACCAGGAUGUGCUCAUCUUCGAGUCCACCAACCACGGCAACGUGCUGGUCCUGGACAAUGUCAUUCAGUGCACUGAGCGGGACGAGUUCUCCUACCAGGAGAUGAUCACUCAUCUUGCCAUGAACUCGCACCCCGACCCCAAGAAGGUCCUGGUUAUUGGUGGCGGUGACGGCGGUGUGCUCCGCGAGGUUGUCAAGCACGAAUGUGUCGAGGAGGCCAUCCUGUGCGACAUCGACGAGGCCGUCAUCCGCCUCUCCAAGCAGUACCUCCCGACCAUGUCAGCAGGCUUCAACCACCCCAAGGUGAAGGUCCACGUUGGCGACGGUUUCAAGUUCCUCGACGACUACAAGAACACUUUCGAUGUCAUCAUCACGGAUUCUUCCGACCCCGAAGGCCCGGCCGAGUCGCUCUUCCAGAAGCCCUACUUUCAGCUGCUCCACGAUGCCCUCCGCGAGGGCGGCGUUAUCACCACCCAAGGUUCCGAGAACCAAUGGCUCCACCUACCCCUGAUCACCAAGCUGAAGAAGGACUGCAAGGAGAUCUUCCCUGUUGCUGAAUACGCCUACACCACCAUCCCGACCUACCCGUCCGGUCAGAUCGGCUUCAUGGUCUGCUGCAAGGACGCGAACCGCAACGUCCGGGAGCCUCUCCGCUCGUGGACCAAGGAGGAGGAACGUAAGCUGUGCAAGUACUACAACUCCGAGAUCCACAGGGCCAGCUUCAUCCUUCCCACCUUUGCUCAGGAGGCUCUGCAAUGA